GUUUCCCAAGCUAUCACAGUGACGGGACAGAAAAAUCUUACAUCCAGUCAGACUCAGUCUUGUAGGCUGAUUUGCCGGAGCCAUUGAAUACUGGUUCUGUCAUCUGCCCUGACAAGCACAAACUUAAAGAGGUCACUCGAUCUACCAAGUUUAUAUUCGUUCUUGGCCAGGUCAAAUAUCCAACUUCCCACCAUCGUUCCUCCAUCCAGUUCUUUCAAUCCAAACACAUUGACCCAUUGAGCCUCGACAGAGAUACCAGGAGGCUUCGACAAUCGAAAUGGCUCUCAGUAGGAACGUCCUGUUGAUCCUCGUCCUCGGAUUGAUACUGUUUACAUGCCGGGCACAUGCUUUUGGCGCUGGAAAUAUUGCCUCCAUCUCAGCGGUCGAAGGCAAGAAUUGGCGUCAUGGCGAUAUUGAAGAUGUACUCAAGACUCUGGCUUGUAUCAAGCAUCACAAGUGGAACUCUAUGAUGAUCAAGCGUGUCUACUUUGGAAACUGGCUCAGAGACUACUCGUAUGUGAAACAAUCUCGAAGAAGCCGUGGCAUUUUGGCUUGAGCUCUUUGAUCUGAUCCCGCCACGUUGCUACCGCUUUCUGACUAUUUGCAGCCAAGCUAUGGAUACCGGAGCCCUAAAGAAAGCACAACCAGAGACUAUUCGCAUCCUGGUCUGGUUAUUAUCCUUCCUCGGAUUCGGAUAUGCUACCGCUGAGUUCGAAGUCACGUCGGAGAGACUCGGCGUCUAUCGUCCGGAGGAGCACAUUGACAAUCCCAAAGAUUACAACGACAACGAAGAUGCUCGGCAGUACGAUGUUCGCUUGCGAGCCCCUGUCCGUGAUAUCGAGCUACAGAUUGAUCCUGAGACUGGCAUGAAGAACUACAUUGCCAAUGGCAAAGGUGACUGGGCCACCAGUGCUGCGUUCGUGAAGUACAGUUUCGAGCGCAGUAUACACCACGGUCGUCUCUACCUGAACGGGCACGGCUUCUUUAAGGGUAAAGACGAGGAUCUGGCGGAAGCAUUGCGAUGCCUAGGCCAAGGUCUCCAUACACUGGAAGACUUUGGCGCUCAUACAAACUAUGUUGAGCUGGCGUUGAGAGAAAUGGGUUUCCACAACGUCUUUCCUCAUGUUGGCACCGCCACAGGGAUAAAUCUUCACGGCAAGCAUGUCUUCCCUCUGGUCACCGGCACAUUCGGCAUGGUUGAUUUCUACCAUUCUGUUUUGGGCGAAGCUACGGACCACUUCACACAAAGUGAAGUCAAUGAGAUGGAUAAUGCGCUAGGGACUGCUCAACAAGCGGCGCAGUCGUCAAAUCCAUUGAUGACCCUAGUUAAGUUGCUAUCCAAAGUCCCUGGAACCAGAGACCUAUGUGAUGAAGCCGAACGACUUCAAGCGAAUUCUCAAGCUCAAGCUCAAGCUCAAGCUCGUGGAGGUGAACCAGGCUUCGGCGGACAAGGAGGGUUUCGAAGUGUAGAUGACUUUGGUGGCUCAACACGGGGAGUGGAUGACUGGGCCAGCAACCGUGCGGGUUAUCCAGGGCAGCAAGGUUCUGAUAAUAGUUGGAACGCUCCACAACAGGGCUAUCAGCAUUCUCAACAGAAUUGGGGUCAGCCUCAACAUCAGCAGUGGCAAGAUCCCGCACAGCAAAACUUCAAUCCUCAUGACCAAUUCCCAGGAGCGCAACACAAUUGGCAACAACAGCCAGCAGCUUCGGCGUGGGACCAGAAUGCACAACCACAACAAUGGAAUCAACCGCAACAUCCAGCACAAACGCAGCAGGCUGCGCCGACCCAGGCGUCUCAGCAACAGUCCUCCGCUCCAGCAGGACUCCCAGGCCUACCUGAUUUUGACCCAGCAAAGACAAUCGCCCAGAUCUACCCCAUCCUCGUAUUCCGAGACAAGGUUGUCCGCACGAUCAGUGCCAUCAUCGAGAAAAUCCCCGGCCUAGAGGCUCUGGUCGACCGCAUCACCGAGACGCUCACCGUAUUCAUCCUCUCGCUGCUCGCUCCAUUCGUCCGCCCAGUCAUCAACGCCAUCUCCAAAUCCCUUCAGACGGGCAGUGAAGGCGUCAUAAACUCCUCUGGUAAACACCAGUAUGAAGUCUGGACCGACGCGCAUUGUUCUGAUCCCACCCAUUCCAUGCUGAGUAAAGACCAUUUCAGCAAUAUUCUCAAUGAGCCUGCUGGUAAUGUUGCGGCUGAGAUUCUCAAAUUCAUCGCCCCGAGAGUUUUAUAUGCUUGGGAACACCCGAACGUCCCCGUGGAACAAGUGAUGCGUGAUGUCGAGAGUAUAUUCCAUCAUCCCGCAAUUCGAAACGAGCGUACCGAAGUCCAUCGCAAUAUGUUCGCCGCGGUGAGACGAUGGGUCGACGGCAUGUCAGACAGAGGUCGCAAUCUCGACAGUGUCCUGAGCUCGGAAUCUGUGAGGGCUGGUAAAAAUCAUAAGGCGGGCGUGAAUCCUCAUAUGCAGCAGACGCAUGCACCUCAACAUCAACAACAGGGUCAUGCUGGAGGUGGCGGCCUAGGUGGAUUCGCGAGUUUCCUGCCAGGACAGCACGGCCAGCAACAACAUGGUGGUAGUAAUAGUCCAUUCGGGAUGGUGAGUAAUGUGAUAGGCAGUUUCACUGGCAGUGGGCAAGGUCAUCAGCAAGGCGGACACGGUGGCUCUGGUGGUGGACUGGGCAGCGUUCUUCACGUUGCGGAGCAGUUCCAUAUUCCUGGCGCUCAGAGCGCAGGGAAAUAUUCCAAGUACCUAGGCGGGUUUGGUGGUGGUGGUGGUGGUGGUCAUAGCGGCAAGCGAGGUCUUGACGAUGGCGACGAUGGACCAGAUGGACCAGAUGAGUUUGCAGCCUUCGCUGGGGCCGAGGUCGGGAGCGGGAGGGAACUACACGAGGCUGCGAUGUCUAGUGAUGCCAGGGCACCCAGCGCAAUGCCUAUGCAGGCACCCAGUGGUUAUGAGCAGUACGGCUUGCAGCCUGGAGCGGAAGAAGGCUAUGGCCAAGGCGUGUAUCAGUACCAGACGAAUUAUCAGGAUCCGUAUCAGUACGGAGGUCCGGGUCAGGGCCAAGGACAGUACGGCGGCGGCGAGAGUCAAGGGUAUUAUGGCGGGCGUUGAGAUUGUCAUCAAAACCGCAGAAUUUGGCAUUCGUGGCCAGGAGCAUAGGAGAGAACGACGUGAGAUGCCCUCGGUCGGCGAAGGCUGAUGGUUGAUGACCCCGACGUUACGAGCUGAUUGUUAGUUGUCACGUAGACUGAGAGCUCCAGAUAACAACCGUCGCCAUACGACUGUGGUGAGCAGUCGAGUUGCAUUCCUUAUGAGCAGAGCAAUAGGCUCAAUGGGCAAUCUCUCAACUCAG